GCAGGUUCUCGCGGCGACUGGAGUUCCACUUUUCCCCAUUGUUGGCCACCUAACGAGCAAAGUUUUUUCACGGCACACAUUAAUUUUCCGGCCAUUAGUGGCAUGUCCACCGACGAGGAUUCCCUGGGCAGUCCCCUCAAGCCGGCCACGCCCACACCCGGCGAGCGCGAACCGACGCGAGAACGCCAUCGAGGCGGUCGAUCUGGAGCCUCGGAUCUGCUGCGCCAUCAGCAGAGCUUUGAGGCUCGCUACAGCGGGAUCAUCCAGAAGCAAAUCUGGGAGACGAGCAUCAACAAGGAUGUGCUGGAACGUCAGCUAAAUGCGUACUUCCCUUUCUCCAGGAGCGCCUCGCUGACCAAGGACGCAUCCGGCGGAUUCGAUCAGCUCCUGGCGCCGGCGACAAGUGGAACUGGUCCGAAGUCUCGAUCCCUGGCCACCACGCCCACCAGGCGACCGGCGGGCGUCUGUCUGGAGAAGCUGGAGACGGUGGAUGUGGCCUCCCUCGAUCAACAGAAGCAAGCGAAGUAAGGAUGCCCAAGGAUUAUGAGUAUUCUAUCAUUGUGAUGUCCGUAAGGUUGAAAGGCAGUUUUGAACAUUUUUAGUCUAAGUUAGGAUAGGUUGGAUAUUUUGGAUAGACCCCAACAUAUAAUUCAGUAUAUUUAAUAUAUAAUAUCUGUGAAAAGACGGAACUAGUGUUUCUUUUUGGUGCUCUAAACUGAAAAAUUCUACAUUUACUUCAAAUGUUAGAUUUAAAAAUCUAAUGAACAAAGCAAAGAAAAAAUCCAAGCUCCCUAAAAAUGAAAAAAAUUUCUAAUAUACGUAGUUUUAAGAUUUAUUACUAACGUGUAAGCUGCAAGUCCAGUCCAAUCAUCCUGAAAUCUAUUGUUUAUUUGGCACCCCUACAAAUUGUCUACAACACUAAAAACAAUCAAUUUGUAUAGUUCAACCAAUUUCGAUGCAAAAUACUCCUUUUAUUGGCUAAGUUUAAGUCCAGAACAUUCCCGGAUCAAAGUAAGACCCAUUUAAGCUACUAUUAUUCAAUCUUCUUCAAUAAAACGAGAGCUUAUUGCAU